UCACUUGAGUCAGUCCCCAACUCGCUUCUUCGGCUUGGUCUUCUCUUCUCUCUCCCCAACCCUUCUUUCGGCGGCGGCGGCGAUCAGGUGCGGCGGAGAUGGAUCCAGACGCGGUGGCCAAGGCAUUCGUGGAGCACUACUACUCGCUCUUCGAUUCCAACCGCGCUGCCUUAGCCAAUCUCUACCAGGAGGGCUCCAUGUUGACCUUCGAGGGCCAGAAGAUCCAAGGCUCACAGAACAUCGUUGCCAAGCUCACCAGCCUCCCUUUCCAGCAGUGCCAGCACAGCAUCACCACCGUCGAUUGCCAGCCCUCUGGCCCCGCCGGCGGCAUGCUCGUCUUCGUCAGCGGCAAUCUCCAACUCGCCGGUGAACAGCACGCCCUCAAGUUCAGCCAGAUGUUCCAUCUGAUGCCUACUCCACAAGGAAGCUUUUACGUUUUCAAUGACAUUUUCCGAUUAAACUACGCAUGAAGACAAAGGUUGAUCACCCACGUUCAACAACUGGUGGGAUUAUGUGUGCCCUCUCUGCUUAUGUUUAGUUCUAGACAUUUUGAAUCAGAUGGAGAGUCUGAACUUUCUUGUUAAGUUUAGUGUUUUGUUUCUGAAAUUUCAAGAUUUGAUGGUAUGGUAUGGUACUAUGGUUCUUAUUGGUUGAUUUGAUGAUAUUUUACCUGUACUGGGCAAUUAUCUAAAUGAACACAGUAUUGGGGGUUUGAGACUAAAGAAGUUUCCUUAUAAGGAUGUUGGUA